CUGCUCUCCACUCCCAAUCGCCCGCUGCAUCCUGACCUCGUCGACCCCUACGCCUCUCCGGCCCUCACUCCGGCGAAGUGUGACUGCGUGCCUGGUGCCCUCUCCUCUCUGCCCGCCCGCCAACCCUCACCACCUCCCUGACGAUGCCAUAAUGCCCACGACCACGCACCGCGUCGUCACGAGUCUCUCCUCGAUUGUGCCUUGCAGGUCGCGGCGGCUGGGUCUCCAGCGAGAAUGAAAACGGUUCCCACGCUCUGUGCAACGACAGUGGCAGUUGGUGCUUCCGCCGUGGGACUCGCUUUCGGCCGACUCGACCCUCCCUACGACGCUUCAAACAAGAGGAAGACAAACCCGGCCCAGGUGCUGGACGUCCGCCCAAUGCCUUCCGCCAGCCACACCACCACGGCGACCAACACCGCCUUCUCCUUCAGCUCGCCCUUGCCUGUCACCACCGCGGGCUCGUCUCGCAUAGCAACGCGCCGCAGUCACGAUGGGCGCUUGACACAGCGCAAGCUUGCCAGGAGGAUGACGAGCGGCGAUGCCGUCGCCCAGUUCCACGAUGCUACGAAUGAUGGCCAUGCCCCCUCGGGCGAUCACGACCUGAACGACUUCGAUCCCACCGCGACCCUUCGCUCCCGCCCGAGCUGGCUCAAGAAGCGCCUUUCCACCAUCUCCACCUCGCAGGCCUCGAGCCGCAACUCGAGUCCAGGCCCGAUGUCACCGUCGGUUUCAGCCUCGAACGGCUCCAUGGCCUUCUCCCACGAUGGUUCCACCGCGCCCAUGGUCAGCAAACGCUCGCCCUCCCCCUUGCCUCCGAACAAGCUCGUCAAACGUUCCUCAUCUGUGCGAGUCGCUCGCGACGCUCCUUCGCAGUCCUCCGGCUCUCGCAUGCCCGCCCUUCGCCGCCCAGCCACGAGCCAUCAACGGUCCGCAACCCUCCUACGCCGCUCCAGCUUGACAGAACUGCCGAUCGAGGACGACUCCUCUUCUGACGAGCCCCAACACACCUCUUUGCCAGACUAUGGAGUGCAGUACACACAGUUCUUUAGUGCAAAGGUAUCAAAAGAGAAGACGCUUUCCAAAAAGCGGACCCCGUCUGGCACUCCCAAGGCCAUCAAGCGCAUUUUCCCAGAUGACACGCACAGACCAACCCUACUACUAGCCAAGUCGGUCUCAGCAUGCUCUAUAGAAGUUGACGACUCUUCCAGCCAGGACGGUGAAAGCGUGUAUAUUGUGAGUAGACCCGGAACGCCGACCGACAUUACCACGUUUGUCGCCGGGAAUGAAGCACAGCCAGAGAAGUCUUCCAAGCACACCAUGGCCGAGGAAGCCGCACAGGAGGGCCGUCCGCGGCGAUCUUUCUCGAUUAGCGACUUGCUCUCAAGAAAGCAACAGCCACUCAAGACCCCAGGUGCUAAACUAACAAGAAAGUCGAGCAAGCGAGUAGUCUCAGCCCCACUCAACACCAUGGGCAGCAGGCAGAGCGUCACGUCCCACGGGCAAUUGGACCGGCCAUCAAAACGACGAGACAUCUCCGACCCUCUUCUUCGUCGGGAAAUAUACACUUCGCACGGCGACGACUCGAACUAUAGUGGACAACAUUUCGACUCAUCGCCUCUACCACCACUGCCUCGUUCCAAUGGCACCCCGCUACAGAAUAGCCCCUCGGUCUCUGGAGAGCUACACAGCUCACGUCGAGCGUCAGGUCACGUCCCUCGGUCGCCGACCUUGGUACAAGGCGGUGCCCGGCCAUCACGCAAUUCGGUGGCUCCCUCCGAGCAAGCCUCGACCUUAAUUGGGUCGGACAACGAGGCCCGUGGAACGGGAUCUGGUGAUGAAGACGAAACGGACUUCCAGAGCGACACGGUUUUCGACUCACUGCGCACUACUACCACCGGCGCUACCCAGAGCACGUCGGGGGCACGUGGGCCCCGCAUAGAGACUAUCUUUGACGAAUCACCGCCACAGAUCUCCAAAAGCAAAGUCACAGCCCUACGAGACUUGCUACCAAAGGGAACCUUCCACGACCAGACCGUGUCCAGCAUUACAGGUAAUCAAAGCAUCACCGAGGAAGACGAAAGCGUGUCCACGCCGGUGCGAACAAUCAUAGCAGACAGGAUGGAGAAUGAGUCACCGACGACCGCGCGCAUGAAUGGGAACCCACUAUUUCCUUCUCUCAUUCAAUCCUCUCCCCCGGAUAUGCCGAAACCACUUAGCUUGGGUACUCUGGAGUGGGACAACGGCGCUGAGGAAGAAGACAAUAGAUGGUCAUUCGAUGAAGACGACGAGGCAAGCGAUGGGUGGGACGACGAUCUUGAUCGGAUGCCGGCCACUCACACCGCCCUACCUUUAUCUUUCAGACACAGCAACCCCGGCCUAUUGGAUACUGCAUCAAGCCCAACCUUCGCAACACCACAGCAUCUGCACUUCGACCAUGCGGAGCGAGAAUCAAGGAGCACGAUAUUCGAUUGGUCAGAGCAGCAACCCACUGAUAAAAGCCCGGGCAAUCGUACACCGCCACGUCCCAAAACAGUGCAUGGGAAGAAAGGCACCGAUGGUCGAGGCAGCAGGUCGGUUGGACGUCGGGCACCAAGUGCCUUGCAUGCCCGCAGCCAGAGUGUGCCAGUUGUUCCAGAUGUCGCUGGCAAGCGUAGUACAGUUGUCACCAACAAGUUUGGAACAUGGGGUGUUGGAAGCAAGGGCGUCACUGAAGACUGGAAUGAUGAUUUCGAGUUCACUGACAUCAGCGAUUCUCCCUCAGGUCGAGCCAACGGAAAUGCGCCCCGGAUUGACAGCAGCAUGUCGAUGAUUGUUCCGAAGACGAUCCAGGAACAACAGAGCAACGUGCUUGCCAACAUCGGACUACUGAGAGAAUGGGGCCUGCUGAUCGAAGAGCUAAAAGAGAAACGUGGCCGCGCACUCAUGCUGGGAGUGGUGGAGGGACCAAAUGCCAGCAUGUGGGAAGAGGUGGAUGCAAUGAUUGAACUGGCCGACCAGGAAGCAGAAGAAGCCCAGGCCCCUCCAGGACUCUCGCCGCCGUCGUCUCCUGGGUUUGACCUGGAUGCGUUUGAUGACGUGUCAGGGCCUAGUCCCAGUAACGGACGAGGUCGACGCAAGGCCAGCCUAUCAGCGAAAGAAGAUGCCACCCCCCACAUUCCUCACAAUACGCGCCCACGACGAAAGUCAAUCCUCCCACCUAACCAUGACAUUUUCGGUGGUCCAAGAUCAUCGCCUUUACCGACUACCAACGAAAAUCACGUUGAGUUCAACCACAGCCAAUCAACGCCUCCAGCGUUCAAGCUGCCCACUACCCGGCCACGAAAGGACUCAGAAGCAAAGGCGCGAUCUGUGAUUGAAGCCUUGCAAAAGCGGAAGAGCGUUCACGAACCAAAUCCAAAACUGCAGCCGGUUCCACCGACGAAGAAGGUGCCUUUCGAUACGGCAACCUUGCGGCACAUUGUUCCAUAUGUGCACACACUAAUGCGCAAGGUCAAAGACGCGCUUCGAGAGGCGGAAGGGCUUCAUUUAAGCCCCGGCACGAGUCCGAAAGAACCACCAUUCAGCAAAAUGUUCCAGACCGAGAACGACUUAGCCACGCAAAUAAAAUUAAUGACGGUCAUGUAG